AUGUCCACAAUCACAUUUGUAACUGGUAACCCCAACAAGCUCAAAGAAGUACUCGCAAUAUUAUCUACAUCCUCACAAGAUUCCAACAAAGUUGGUAAAUUCCACAUCAUUAACCAAUCCAUCGACUUGGAUGAAGUUCAAGGCACCAUUGAGCAAGUAACAAUCCAUAAAGCCAAAUCAGCAGCUGAACAAAUCAAUGGACCCGUAUUAGUAGAAGACACAUGUUUAGGAUUCAAUGCAUACAAUGAUUUACCCGGUCCAUACAUUAAAUGGUUUGUAAAACUGGUUGGAUUAGCUGGGUUGGUGAAGAUGUUGGCUGGGUUUGAAGACAAAGGAGCUAAUGCAAUUUGUACAUUUGGAUAUUGUGAGGGACCGGGGAAAGAAGUCAAGAUUUUCCAAGGUAGGACUCAAGGUACAAUUGUUGAUAGUAGGGGCCCAACUGAUUUCGGAUGGGAUUCUGUGUUUCAGCCCAUUGGGUAUGAUCAAACUUAUGCUGAAAUGGAUAAAUCAGUCAAGAACACAAUAAGUCAUAGAUAUAGAGCAUUGGAUAAAGUCAGGGACUACUUGGUGUCACUUUAG